AGAGGGCACAGUCUCCCUAGCUCCUUCUUUCCAACAAACACAGCCCCUCUAGCCCUUAGGUAGUUAUCAGGACUAUUCUUUCACUCCCAGCAUAUCUUUGGUGCAGUGGUCCUAGCCAGCCUUGCUCCCUGGGGAAGAUGGCCAGGGUCCUCACUGCUUCCCUAAGUACAGAGGCAUGGAGGAGAGAGGGGUGGCUUGGCUUUCGGGUUUGAGUCAGUUUGACCUCUCCAGUCCUUGGUGCUUUGCUGCAAAACUAUCUGGAUCAUGUCGCUCUGUCCAGAGCAAGUGUUUAUAUCUACAUUUAUUGUGUUAAACCGCUUCCAUUUCCUUUCAUAUCUGUCCUCAUUUCCAGGACUUUUAUGUGGAAGUGCCUCAGAUCCAGAGGCCAGGAUGGUGGGAGUCUUAGAUCCCAACUCGAAUUUGAGCCUAACAUGUUAGACAAAGUGUCUUAAAUAAGGUGGAUGUUCAUUUAUGUUUCAUGUUAACAGUCUGCCCAGUCCAGAGACCCAGUAUCCUCCAUCUCAUGGUCCCAGUGUCCCUUAGGAUGUUGUUCUCAUCCUCAUGGUUGAGGUCGCUGUCUUUUCCCAUGGAGAAGCAAAAAGAGCAUGGGCAAACAAAUUCAUUUUUAAAGACAUGAAGCAAAAGUUGCACUUUUCACUUCCACUCAUACCCCAUUGGCUAAAACCUAGUCAUAAGACCACACUGAGCUACAAAGUGUGCUGGGAAAUGUGGUCUUUAGUUGAGGGCACAGCUGGGAGGGUGUGUCUGUUCAUGGCCUCCUUUCUUCAUGAUCAGCCCAACACAGGAACAGGAGAGGAAACCGGUUGCCAUGACUGUCAGUUCAGGGCUGAGAGAACCUUGCAGCCCUUGGGGCCUUUCUUAAGGAUCAGGGGCCAGGGGCACCUCGGGGCUGUCAGGAGUGAGAGGUGGCACCCCUGUCUGGCCCAUGGAGGAAUGCACAGAGAUCACCACUGCCGUGCUUGCUGGAGGAGGUAGGACUUGAACUGGACCUGCAGGAUAUUGGAAGUUUAGAUGAGCGAAAGGAGGAAAGAUCAGCGGAGCAGCAUCACAGAGGGCCUCAGAUUCCAGGCAAGCAAAGACGCAGUGGCUCCAAGAUAGAAGCCAAGUUCUGCACCACAUAUUCAGGGUGUAUGCACGAAGCCCGGGUGCCACGACAGACCACCUUCUGGAAGGUUGCAAGGGGUGAAGUCGUGUAAGUCAGUAGGUGUACUGUGGUCCUUCUGUAGGAACCAAGGAACUGUAAAGGGCGAUAAACUCAAAAAGUCAGUAGGUUUAAAAGAAGCAUGGAUAAAUUAAGCAAAGACAGAAUCUAAAGAAUUUCGGGUGAGGGCUGCCAUGCUUGGGAAGGAAACCCUGUCUCUUUGCAAGCUACCUAUUGGCGCCUCUGUGUAACCAUGUCCAGGCAGAUGGAGGAGGGCAAGCCUUGGGUCAGCAAGCCGUGCAACGAACAUAUCCCCUGGUUGCUAAACAGACAUCUUCAAGCAGGAAUUACCCCAGCUCUUUGCUCCCUUCUCUCCCUCAGCUUAUAGGUAUGGCUCAUCACUCCCUCUUCACCUCUUCUUUUCCUGUAUUAUUCAGAGCUUACAUGGUGUCAAGCGACAUAGGCUCAAAGGGAAGUGUGUUGAAGCUCACGUGGCACAAUUGUGUGGGAAGGGCAGAGGAGAUUGCUUCAUCUAGUGCCCACUCCUCAGUCAGUCAGCUGUGACUGUGCCCACUGCACACCCAAACUUCUGGGGCCUGCCACACUUGCAGAGACCUCACUUCAUCAAAUUGUCUCUGUCCUGGGUUUUCCUUCAUCCUCUACCCCCACUUGCCCAAUAUGCUCAUCUUUCAUUUAAAAGAAGAGAAAAAAAGCACUUCCCCCAUGCCUAAGUUCUUCCAUUCCCGCAUAUUCCUUCCUUACCCUUUCAUCCUCAGUGCUGAGCCCGAGGGAUCCACUGUCUCCCUGUCCACUGGCACCCGCUUGGUGUAAUGACUGCCUCCUGACUUUUAUCCUCACUCUGUAGCUUUUCCUCCACAGCCCCCUUCCUCAGAGGUCAGGCAUUCCUGCAGUCUGUGUGGUGUGGACCCUCAGCCCUCCUCCAGCCCUGAGCUCCUGGUCCACACACCCCACUUCCUACUGUGACUCCACAGAGUGGCCCAGAGGCACCAGUCUCAGGCUCCACACACCCAGCAGUUUGCCCAGUCUCUAAAGCCCACUGCCCUUUCGUGCAGCCUCCAGCAUUCUCUGCCCCCACCCACCCCGUCCCAGCCCUACUCCCACUGAGCACCAAACCCACAGGCCUGCCCCCCCCCCACAGAUCCCCCCCGUAGUUCCUGUGUUAGCUCUUCUCCAUUUUGUCUCUUACCCUAGAGCACCCACUGCAGCCCUAUUGCCGAGACUAGCUAACUCUCCAUCCUUCACCCAGACCACCUGCUCAGGGGGUGUGCCCCUCUGUGCUCCUACAGCACCUGAGCAUUCAACUCAAAACCUCUGCUUUCCCAACUGAUUACAGCAGCCCCCAGACUGGAAUAAUGUGGCCUCAGGGCUGAGUGUGAGCUAGAGCUCAGUGGUGAACAAAUGGCUUUCUGUGUCCUGCUGAGAGGGAUACAAGGAUGAAUUCCAGAGUUUAUAAUCUGGAAGGGGAAAGCAAAUAUUCCUAAAAGGCAAACUAUGUGGCCAGAAAGAAAGGGAAGCUUUCCCCUGGGAAGCUUGUUCUUGUUUGGAAUUUUCAGGAAAAACCACAAUCAAAUUACAGAAAAAAUAAAGGCACCCCAUUCCUUUUUUAAAAUAAACACCAGGGCCUUUGAAUAAAACAUUCUGUAAACCCAAACCAGAACUAAGCUAGUUUAUUGAACUCAGUUGUUUUCACUAAACCACAAAGCAAAUGUUUUCCUAAAAUUUACUUGGUUAACCGGUACAUAAAGGGACAAAACCUGUUUCCCAAAACAGUUUAACUGAUCAUACAGUCCAAAUAUUCAUUUCAGGUAAGUCAGUUUGGAAAUUCACCCAUGCCCUUCUGCCUGGGCAGCUGAAGUCGAGGUGCCCAUGAUGUCAUCUCCCCCAUCUCUGCCACAGAAUUUGACACACUUGCUCUCCCAGUGACCAGACACUGCGAUGCCCAGCCUGACCCUGCCCUUGCACUUGCUGUUCGAAUUGCUGUCCAAAGGCGGAGAUUGGCUAACCCUAUAAAUUGGCCUCUGCCCCCCAGAGGCUGGUGGCUGGCAGCGGAAAGCUGAGCUGAUGCAAACUAAGGCGGGAGCCUUUUCUGGCAUUCCAGGGGCUGUGCCCAAAUCCAUGAAUGGUCCUGGGCCAAGUACAGGAUGAGGAGGGGUUGGAACCUUGAGGGACAAAAUUAUUCCUACCACCUUCGGAUAGGCCCACAAAGGCUGCACUGCCCCCUUAACUGGGCCCCCUGUCAGGGACCUGCUUGGAGGAGAGAGAGGCCACCUGUGGGGUAGCUAUGCCCCACCCAAACCUACUUCCACAUGGAGUGACCCAGUCCUGGUGCCCAAGUGUGUGGUUAAGGACAUCCCACCCAACCCAUUUUACAAGUGGGCAAACAAGCCCUCAGGAAGAGUGGUCAUAGCUCUCCCCAGACUUCUUAACAGGCUGCUGGACUCCUCACUCUUAGGCCCCCACUUUUCUACCAGGGAAAGCCCUGAGCUGGGUGGGACUCAGGAAGACCCCAGGCAUUGCCUCUCUUAGGGCCAUAAUUUGCUGUGUCAGAGAGGGCUGUGAGGGCUUUCUAGACCUAAGGGCAGGAGCUUGAGAAUGCAGCUAGGGAAGUGGCUAGAUGAGACUUCAGGGGCACAGGCCAGGCUUGUGACUUGAGAUCCCUGGGAAGGUGGAAGGAGGAGGCAUCUGUCUGGUGACCCCAGCGCCAGCAGCUGAACAUACACUGCGAAGGGAAGAGAGUUGGUGGCGAGCUGCCACCCGUCCCCUCUUUGAGACGUCAUUGGAGUCUGUGGGCCCAGAGCAGUGGGUGGAACUACCUGAGCAAUAAAUCUUGGGUCUGGCUGCCUGGGUUCCACUGCUGCCUGGAGGAGCCACUUCAUCCACAGCUCUCCCUCGGUGAGUGAAAAGGCUGCCCUCCCCAGGGCUGGGGCUCCGGGAUGGAGCUCUAUUCUGGAUACACUGCUCCUCUUCCCCCUCCCAAGUCCCUCUACCCCUGACCCAUGCCCAGAAAAGCCCCCUUUCCCUCAUCUUUCCCCAACAACACUAUUCCUGUGCCUGCUGCCCCUAGCAUGGGAGGGACAAGGGGUAGAAACCCUUGCCCCUGUAACCACCACACAUCCCCAACUGCCAUGGAAGAGAGAUAGCAACCCACAGGGAAAAGGAGCUGAGGGCCUGCCAAUAACGUCCCCCAGCACUGGGUGCCCCAGAUUCCCCCACACUGCUGCCUGUCUUUUGAACAACUCCCCUGUUCCCCUCUCCAACCUUCUCUCACUUCUGGGAUCCCUGAGGGAAGAAAGGGUAGUCCUGCCCUACUGGGGAAGGCCCUCAACUGGCAAAGCGGGGAGCCUCUGCCCCAGGGGUUCUGAGAGGUGGCUAGUUGCCAGGAGCCCUCAGGGUCCAGACCCCUGUAGUCCUGGUAUAGGGAGCAAUAGCAGAAGAGAGAAGAACAUUAGGAGACACUGAAGCUGCCCCUGAAACGCCAGUUGUCCAAGGGGAUCCCGGAGGAAGAGGAAGGGGGUAUGGAUGGGAGCACUCCCUGAGUGCUGUCCACUGUCCAUGGGAGCAGCCCUGCCAUGGCCAGCUUUGGGCUAGGCCUCCUGGUGCUGCUGCUGACCACCCACCCUGAGCCCUCGAAGGCUCAGCACUGCUCCCACAGCUGGCACCCUGAAGGAAAGCAAGCCUCCAGCUCACUCCAUGACCCCCAACAUACUCCUGGGCCCCCAGGAAGGGUUCUGGGCACUGCAGCUCACAGCCCAGGCCAAAUUGUCCCCAACCUCCCAAGCGAUGUUCUGGCUCCCCCUGAGGACAGUGUGCCCUGGGAGAGUAGGACCAUGGCCCGGUGGCUCCUCCACAGGAAGCAGCACCUGGUGCAGACACUGCUGGUAAGUAAGCUAAGAACUGGCUGGGGGUGAGGGGGAAUGAUACACCACUGAGUUAUUUAUUUUUGGUUGCCUUGGGUCUUUUUUGCUGUG